AUUAUGAGAUGGGAUCAUCUUACUUUUACUCGUUUCUAAAAAAAGGAGCCAAACCAAGUGUCUGUGGACUGCUCUGCUUGUGGAUCAUCUGGUUAUGCUAUUUCUGGAGACCUGAGCGUGCUGGAAAAAUUAGUUUUGAAGUCGGAUGCCCGGUAUAUCAUUGUAGUUGAAAAGGUAUCUGCUUGUACACAUUCCGAGGUGAGUAUUUUUUGCAAAGAAUGCUGCCAUUCGUUGAAACUGGUGCAUUUGCAGCAUGCUAUAUUUCACCGCCUCACAGAGGAUCGCAUUUUCAAUCAAAUCCCGUGCAUUCUAAUCACUGCAAAGGGAUAUCCUGAUAUUGCCACUAGGUUUCUUCUGCAUAGGAUGAGUAGGGAACUUUUUGGCAUCCCAAUACUGGGUUUGGUGGACUGGAACCCAGCUGGCCUGGCCAUACUGUGUACAUUCAAGUAUGGAAGCAUAGGGAUGGGCCUGGAAGCUUUUCGAUAUGCUUGCAAUGUAAAGUGGCUGGGGUUGCGAAAGGAUGACAUAGAGAAACUGGUACCGGAAGAAUCAUUAGUCCCACUGAAGCAGCGAGAUCAUCAGAUAGCAAAAAGCUUGCUAUCGUCGGAGGUUUUGCAGGACAAUUACAAAGAAGAAUUGGCAUUGAUGGUUGAGAAUGAAAGGAGGGCAGAGAUUGAAGCUCUCUACUUCCAUGGUUAUGAUUUCUUGGGAAAGUUUCUUGCAAGGAAAAUUGUGCAGAUGGAUUAUAUUUGAAUUUAUACUUCAGUGUAUUACAUUGUUUUGUCAUUUGAUUCAGUCACACUCAAGUAUAAAUGUCUUAUUAUAAAAGUAUACCAAGUAAUUUAAAGAGGAUUCAGGUUACUUGAGAAGUUUUAUUCAAUGAUUUGACAAUGAAAGACUAGUAUGUCAUGUUCACGUG